GUGCGUCCCCAUCGCUUGCUGACCCGUUGCGAAGGGUCUCCAUAAACAGUGCCUUCUAAUUUAGAGCGUAUUCGCGAUCGAUUAUAUGAGUGGAAAAGUAGCGCAAACAUGUCGGAGAUAGUAUCGUGUGCAAAGGAUACACAGCUGCACAGCUUCCCGGGGCUGGAGCAGCUGGCCAGCAGCGCCCAUGUCGUUAGCGAUGGUUCCUACUGCCAUUUCUUCGGCUCCUCCAAGCUGUUUGUCCGGGCCAACAAAGAUUGGGGUAUCGAGCUGCUGCGGAUCAAGCCAGGAACGGACCAGCAGCCGGAUGGAGCAGGAAAAACGGGUAGCAGCGGUAGCCGCACGAUCGCGAAUGUGAAGAAGAUCAUGAUCGACAAUCUGUACUGUGUUGCCUGUCCGAAGACGGCUGGCAAGGAGGAGAUUGCGAUCGGGUUGACUACCGGCACGGUGCGGUUCAUGAACUACAAGAAGGCAAACUUCACGAAACGGUUCGACGCCGACCGGAUCGCCAUCGGAGUAACGUUUAUGGACUUUAACGCGACAGACGAUUUUUUGGCAGCCGUGUUCGAGAACGGGCUGGUGAAUGUGUACGGCAUGAAGUCUAACUCUAAGCUGCACACACUCGCAUUCGACAAGAACACCGUCAAAGCACGAUUUCAUCCGACGAAACGGUUCUCGAUGGCCAUAGCGUCGUACAACGGUGCCGUUCUGCUGUACGAUACCCAGUCGAAGAAAACGAUAUUCUCGCAGACUACAGCCCACGCUGCCCCGUGCCGCGAUGUGGGAAUGGUUGAAUCGUAUCCCGACUAUCUGUUCUCGGUAGGCUAUGACAAUGUGAUUAACAUUUUCGACACCAGGAGGAAGGCAACGGCGUCGCAGAUCCAAUCCAACUAUCCUUUCGAAUCGCUGGCGAUCGCGGAAGAUGGUAUUCACUUGGCGGUGGGCAAUCUGAAGGGCUACGUGUACGGGUACGACCUGCGCAACCUGAAGGACCCGCUAAACAUGCAAAAGAUUCACCAGAGCUGCGUGAACAGCAUUGCAUUUGUGCCGCAACCACGUGAAGGAUCGAACCGGCGCAGCAUGAUUGAGCUGGACGAGUCGAAGAAGGUAACGAAAAGUGUGCGUAUCAGUGAAGGAGGACAGCUGGACGCGAAUCACAAAGAGCAGACAAGUCGUCGUCCCGACCGGCUUACGGUAAACGAUCCUCAAACACCGCUCGGAGCAGUGGAACAGCAUGACAGCUUCAUAGGAGAGAUCGAUCUGUUUCUACAGCGCCGCGAUGCACCGAUGGAUUGUCUCUCCCGGCUGAGCACGUCAUCUCGUUUGAGCACGGACUCGCGCAACAGCAUGCAGAUGGCGGGCAAUAAUCUGAUGGGCUUUCUGGAGGAACUGUCCGAUUGUAACAUCGAUCCGGAAGCUACCGAAUCUCAGACACUACCGGCCGCUGAAUCGAACUCGGGUGUGGACGAUAGCUUUGUGAACGUGAACCGUUUGCUUAGGCGUGUAAAAGGAGACGUUUCGAGAAGGAAAGCCCACGGUGUAGGCGAUAAUUUGGAGUACAUUCGCGAGGAAGGAUCUGAGGUAGGCGACGGAGCGAAUGAAGUGUUAACCAGUAGCAAUAAUCAGCCUGCUGCCACUCCAAGAGUUCUCGCCGAGAGUCAGCAGGGAAACACGUUUGCACCGUUGGGUGAAGGGAAAAAGAGCAACGUUCCCGCCGAUGAAUCGGAACAGGUCGCUGAGGUAAAAUCGGACAAGGAAAAUCGCACUCGCCUUUCGACGCUGAAACCGGAGGUAUACACAUCAACACCGGAAGCAUCGACUGUGCACCUUUCCACAGUAAGCACGGUGGAAAAACGGAAAGACUCCACAACGCCCGUCUACAGGGACGGCGAAGAGUCGGCAAUGGUUCGGGAAGAGAUUGCCGAACUGCGGAAAGCAAUGAUGGACAAGUUUGAGCAGUGCACGUUGCGCCAGUUGGAUGCGGAGCAGGCGAUGCAAAGCCACCUGUGGAUGUGUAUGUACAAUCUGUGGCGGGAAACGCAAAGCAAGCUGGAAUCGUUGGAACAGUACGUUAGCACCGGACUGGGGCUGCUGUUGCCGAGGGAUGAGUUUGCGCAACAGUUUCUCAGCAUGCGGGCAGAGAACGAGUCGCUGAGGGCACGUUUGAAACAGCUGGAGGAAGGUGGAAAACAUGCGUAGGAGUAAGGAAGGGAAGGUCUCUCCACAAAGUAUCCAUACCUCUGGUUUCUAUGAAUUGCAAUUGAAGAUUUCUGAUGCAUGAAACGAUUAUAUUUGUUGGAAAGAAGCCCAUUUUUUAUACAUUACUAUCGGCCGUCUUCGGCUCCGAAUCGGAAUUCGCACUGUCUCUGAAAAUGAUACUCGAUUCUUGGCGAGCCGGUCGGUCGUGCUUAACAUCUCGUUGUAGCCGUUUCUUCAACAUAUCUAACUGGCGCGCACUGCACAGUGGCGUGUCGACCUGCUCUAUCUCAUGCAUGCGCUCGUUUACUGCCACAUACGACUGCUUUCGUGCGUCAUACUCCACAAUGUCACGGAACCGAUGGCCCCAGCAUAUUUCCGACGGUACGUAGGAGGUGCGCGCCUGAUUAAUCUGCCCCGUCGUCAUCGUGCCGCCCGUAAUCGUUAUCACAAUUUCCAGCUUGCGCUCGAGCAGGUCCGCCGCGGACACAUCAUACAGCGGGCUAUCGCGAUCGAUCACAUGACAAGCGGUAACGGGCCAAAGCAACACCAACCGUCCAUCGUUCUCCAGCUUCAGGUAGGAUUCGUUCUUCUCGAUCUCCUCUCCCUCGGCGGUGCGUCUCGAUGCGAGCAGGACGGCCGUCACCUUGGUCUCGAUGGCAUGCUGCCACUUCCGGUCGCAGAUACGAAACACGAAGCACAGCUGCCCAUCCCGCUGACAGAUCACGGCCCGUCGGCUGAACUUCAUUUCGGAGAUUUUCUGCGGCGGACGGACCAACUUCGCGUACACCACCCCGAGUAUGGCACCGUCGAUUAGCAGCCCCACGAUCAGCUGGAUGGUGAGCAGUCCGAACGAUUCUGGACAUUCCUCGGUCGGUACCUUUUCGCCGUAUCCGGUAGAUAUUUGCGUUUCCAUGCUGAACAGCACGAACCCGAUAAAGUUGGUGGCUCCCUGCACGCACGGCAUAACGCCAUCGCCCAACCGUUCCCCGGUGGCUGAAUCCUGAAUCAGAUCACCGUGAGCGUAGGAAAGAAUGUACCACAGGCCGGCAAAGAACACCCAGCUGCCGACGUAGCUGGCGACAAAUACGAACAGAACGUAACGCCAUUGCUCUUCCACCUGCCGGGAGUAAGGCAGAAAUGCUCGUUACAUGGCAACUUCCCGUUACAAAUUGGCGCCUUUCCCACUCUCCCACUUACCAGUGUUGUUACCAGAUCUUUCACGAAGCGAAUCGACCUUUGGGGAAGAUUGUAAAUACGCACAUUUCGUUCGCCAAUUUUGUUCACCACACGUGUGUCGAGCGUUAGCCGAUCUUGCGAACCAGAAUCACUACUUUUCGGUCUCUUUCUGAGACCUUCUUGUG